AAUGUUUCAAAAAAAAGCAAGGAAAGAGCGUGGGAUCGAACAGUGUAUACUGCUGAUGUGGCAAGAGCAUGUGGAAAAUUGAAUGAAAGCUGGACAAGAUAAUGACGGGAGAGAAAGAGUGGGACCCUUUCGGGAGAGAUGAGAGAGCGACUCUCAAAUCUCAUUUCAUUCAUUAUACACUACACUUUGCUUUUGAUUUACUUUUUUUUUAAUUUGUCUUUCGAGAUCCAAGUAGUAGUACUAAAUCUUAAUGUUAUUGUGGGUGGAUCUGAGCCGAAGAUGAGAAACAGCGUUGAGACUGUGAACGCCGCCGCUACUGCCAUCGUCACCGCAGAGUCUCGUGUUCAGCCUUCGUCUGUGCAGAAGAGAAGGUGGGGAAACUGUUGGAGCUUAAACUCCUGUUUUGGAUCUCAAAAGAACAACACACGGAUUGGUAACGCCGCUCUUGUACCUGAACCCACUGCAUCCGGAGCUCCGGCGAUUUUAAUCCAAAACUCAACCACUGCGAUAGCACCUCCUUCAUCUCCAGCUUCCUUUCUUCAGUCUGAUCCUUCAUCCGUCUCUCACACCCCUGUUACAAGCAACACAUUCUCCCCUAAAGAACCUCAAUCCGUCUUCUCUGCUGGACCAUAUGCUAACGAAACUCAACCCGUCACUCCUCCGGUCUUCUCCGCAUUGAUAACCGAACCAUCCACCGCCUCGUUCACUCCACCUCCGGAAUCUUCAGUCCUUCACAUAACCACACCUUCUUCCCCUGAAGUCCCCUUUGCUCAGCUGCUUACGUCUUCCUUGGAGCUUACUCGGAGGGAUAGCAGCUGCGGCGACAGGAAUCAGAAGUUCUCGUCUUCGCAUUACGAGUUUCGGUCUAACCAAGUGUGUCCGGGGAGUCCUGGUGGUGGUAACUUAAUCUCCCCGGGCUCCGUGGUUUCGAACUCCGGUACAUCUUCUCCUUACCCCGGUGGUAAAUCACCCAUGGUUGAGUUUCGUAUCGGCGAGCCGCCGAAGUUCCUUGGUUUUGAGCAUUUCACUGCUCGUAAAUGGGGAUCCAGGUUCGGUUCUGGAUCAAUCACCCCUGUUGGCCACGGUUCAGGGAUGGGUUCAGGCGCAUUGACACCAAAUGGUCCAGGGAUGGUCUCUGGAAACAACACUGCGUGGCCACACAUCUCUGAGGUCGAGUCUCUGCCUAAUUCGGAUCAUGGCUCUGAAGUCAUUGUAGCGGAUCACAGAGUCUCGUUUGAGUUAACCGGCGAAGACGUUGCACGCUGUCUUGCGACCAAGCUGAACAGAUCACAUGACAGAAUGAACAACAAUGACCGGAUUGAGAAAGAUGAGAGAAGAAGCAUAGAGAGAUUGUCGGUAGAUAGAGAGACCGAACAACAGCAGAGGAUCCAUCAGCUCAGUUCCUCCUCGGUUGGAUCUAGCAAAGAAUUCAAAUUUGAUAACACGAAAGAGGAGAAUAGUGAGAAAGUCGCGGGAAACAGCUGGAGUUUCUUCCCGGGGUUACGAUCUUGAGUUAAGCUAACAAAAGUAGCUUCUUCUACAUUACUAAAGACUAUAUAUAUAUAUAUAUAUAUAUAUAAGAAUCCGUAUAACAAACCAUUGAACAUGGCUCAGUGAGAUGGUGAAGCCAAAGGUAAGAUAUUGGGUUCUGACAACUUAUAUUUAUACACUGAAUAAAUAAGCUAGUUAGCUUUGGUUUUGCAGUUGUUGUAAGAACGACUUCUGUACUGAUGUAAUUAGGAACCCUUGGAAUACUAUUUCAUCUCUCGUCGCCAUUGAUACAUCGAUAAUUCGUUGUGAAAUAAAAUUACAUUUCUUUUGUUUGA